CCUGUUAGGCUGACCGGGCCGAAUCAAUGACGCACUUCUUGUCGUCACCGGUGGCCACCUCAGCCAGGUAGUGGUAGUAGUCACCCUUCAUCUUCAGGUAGAAGACCCGGCUCUUGGCCUCCCCAGACUCCUGGAUGAGGUGUCUGUCCAGCAGGCCCAGCAUAGUGUCGCACAUUCCCCUAAGCUCAGUCUCCACCUUCUCCCGGUACUCACGCACUUCAGGGCCCUUCUCCUCCGAGCCCUCCUCAUUGCUUUUCUGCUCAUUGUUGGACAGGACCCUCCAGGCACGCUUCUGGCCGCCCACCACGUUCUUGUAGGCCACAGAGAGCAGGUUUCGCUCUUCGCAGGAGAGCUCCUCGCACUUCUCGCGCUUCUCCACAGCGCCCUUCAUGAAGGCUGCCGUGUCCUCAUAGUGUUCGGCCUGCUCUGCCAGCUUGGCCUUCUGGAUCAGACUGGCUCUCUCCAUGGCUCUGGGGACAGAUAGUGAUGUUCUUCAUUUCAAGAUGCCAUUGCAGUUCCGACAAAUGCAAACUGACAACGUUCAAGGCCACAACGGAGGAAAAAUCAUUGGUGCUUGGAGUGUAGAAGACUGCCCUUCACAAAGGAAAUCCCUAAUUAUUGUUUGAAAUGCUGAGGAAGUUGCUGCGAAGGAGACUUUUUUCUUAUCCCACUAAAUACUACUUUGUGGUUCUUGUUUUUUCCCUAAUCACCUUCUCCGUUUUAAGGAUUCAUCAGAAGCCCGAAUUUGUAAGUGUCAGACACUUGGAACUUGCUGGGGAGAAUCCUAGUAGUGAUAUUAAUUGCACCAAAGUUUUACAGGGUGAUGUAAAUGAAAUCCAAAAGGUAAAGCUUGAGAUCCUCACAGUGAAAUUUAAAAAGCGCCCUCGGUGGACACCUGAUGACUAUAUAAACAUGACCAGUGACUGUAAUUCUUUCAUCAAGAGGCGCAAAUAUAUUGUAGAGCCCCUUAGUAAAGAAGAGGCAGAGUUUCCAAUAGCAUAUUCUAUAGUGGUUCAUCACAAGAUUGAAAUGCUUGACAGGCUAUUGAGGGCCAUCUAUAUGCCUCAGAAUUUCUAUUGCAUUCAUGUGGACAAAAAAUCCGAGGAUUCCUAUUUAGCUGCAGUGAUGGGCAUUGCUUCCUGUUUCAGUAAUGUCUUUGUGGCCAGCCGAUUGGAGAGUGUGGUUUAUGCAUCGUGGAGCCGGGUUCAGGCUGACCUCAACUGCAUGAAGGACCUCUACGCAAUGAGGGCAAACUGGAAGUACUUGAUAAAUCUUUGUGGUAUGGAUUUCCCUAUUAAAACCAACCUAGAAAUUGUCAGGAAGCUCAAGUUGUUGAUGGGAGAAAACAACCUGGAAACGGAGAGGAUGCCAUCCAAUAAAGAAGAAAGGUGGAAAAAACGGUAUGAGGUCAUUAAUGGAAAGUUGACAAACACAGGGACUGUCAAAAUGCUUCCUCCACUGGAAACACCCCUUUUUUCUGGCAGUGCCUACUUUGUGGUCAGUAGGGAGUAUGUGGGGUAUGUACUACAGAAUGAAAAAAUCCAAAAGUUUAUGGAGUGGGCGCAAGACACAUACAGCCCUGAUGAGUAUCUCUGGGCUACCAUCCAGAGGAUUCCCGAAGUCCCGGGCUCACUCUCUGCCAGCCAUAAGUACGAUUUGUCUGACAUGCACGCGGUUGCCAGGUUUGUCAAGUGGCAGUACUUUGAGGGUGACGUUUCCAAGGGAGCUCCCUACCCACCCUGCGAUGGGGUGCACGUGCGCUCGGUGUGCAUUUUCGGAGCUGGUGACUUGAACUGGAUGCUGCGCAAGCACCACUUGUUUGCCAAUAAGUUUGACGUGGAUGUUGACCUCUUUGCCAUCCAGUGUUUGGAUGAGCAUCUGAGACAUAAAGCUUUGGAGACAUUAAAACACUGACCAUUACAGGCAAUUUUAUGAAUAAUACAAAGGAUACACAAAACGUACCCUUCUCUGGUUCCCCUUCCGUCAGUAAGCGUCGGGAAGAUGGUAUGAGGUCCUUUUUGGGGCAAGGACUCUAGGUCUUCUUGUUAGAGAUGCUGCAUGGUUUCUCCAGAGCACCAUUGGCUAGAAAGGUGAUAGCAUUAAAUGUUCAUCUAGAGUUAAUGGUGGGAAGAGUAAAAGUAGCCUUGAGGCCAGAGCAGGUAGCAAGGCAUUCUGGGGAGAGGACCAGGGUGUCUGGGGAAGCACCCGAUGCAUAAGGUCAACCUGUUCAAAGCGCUCAGGGACUUAGCAAAAUGAGAAGAUGUGACCUGUGCCAAAACUAUUUUGAGAAUUUUAAAUGUGACAGUUUUUCUGGUAUGAAUAAACGUAUAGCAACAGAUAAUCAAAGAUACAAUUAAUCUGAUGAUAUAUUUGUUGAAAUAGAAAUUUGAUUUUACUCUAAAUGGUUUUUGUAAAUUAUUUUCUGCUCUAAUACUGUAAUGUGUAGUAUGUCUCUGUAUGUCAUCUCAGGGAGCUUAAAAUGGGCUUGAUUUAACAUUGUUUUGUGUUAUUUUUGCUUGUAACAAUGCACACUUCCAAAAACCAAAAAAUAACAAUUUCUAGUUUAGUGAAUUUCCACAAAUCAUCUUAGGUUAUUAGCAAAGUUAAGGCACCUUUUAAAAAAAAUUAUUAUUAUAGCUUCUACAAAGAGAAACACUCAAUUUUUCUAGAGAUUUGCCUCUAUCUUCCUUUCCUCAGUCUCCCAAGACUCUGCUAUCAAGCUGUGUUACUUUCAGUGGAUCCUAAAUUAUUGUCUGUGCGAUCUGACUGCCAGUAAUUAGUGCAGAGAACUAAGAGAGGAUGAUACAGGUUUGAGGGGCCGGGGAGUGGGAGGGGGAGGAAAAGAGUUUAUUUACACAAUUUCUGAUGCCCAUAAUGAGUUUAAAAACCAGCAAUCAGCCAGGUGCGGUGGCUCACGCCUAUAAUCCCAGCACUUUGGGAUCCACCCAAGGUGGGUGGAUCAUGAGGUCAAGAGAUCGAGACCAUCCUGGUCAACAAGGUGAAACCCUGUCUCUACUAAAAAUACAAAAAUUAGCUGGGCAUGGUGGUGCACGCCUGUAGUCCCAGCUACUUGGGAGGCUGAGGCAGGAGAAUUGCUUGAACCCAGAAGGUGGAGGUUGUGGUAAGCCUAGAUUGUGCCAUUGCACUCCAGUCCGGGUAACAACAGCAAAACUCUGUCUCAAAAAAAAAAAAAAGAAUACAGCAAUUGACACUAUUCUCAAAAUUAAGGCUGUUGUUCAUUAAAUUUACUUGUGUCCCACCUCCCAGGAUUGUUUCAUCCUAAUGUCACCUGUGUCUUCAUUUAAACGGAUCUGGUUCUGUCCUUGGGUCUUCCUGAUAUCUGCCCCUGAAUUGUAAAUUUUCUCCUUUCUCAAUCUUCCAUGAGGAGGAAAGAAGUGUGCAGUCAUUCCACAUGACCUGUUGGAAGACCUGGGAAGGGAACUUUAGGUUUGGGGCAUAUUUUUGUUGGUGGUGGUGUCAUUCACAGCAUACGAUUUUUACUCUCUCCAUUUUCACCAUAAUUUGGGGAUGCUGUAGUGCUGUCUCACAUCUCAAAAAGUAAAUUCAAAUCUUAAAAAGCAGUCUUGUAAUUUAGCUGUGUUGAUACGGUUCAACCAACAAGCUACCAGGGAACUGUGAGGCCUUGUCCUUUAGCGUUAGACUUUAAACAAGAAUUAAAACCACAGGCUGUAUUUUUAAAACAUAGCCAAAUUAAAUGGUACAUGAGAAAUUCAGAGUAUUAGACAGUUUUAAGGCAUUCAACUGAGAAACCCUUUUUUAUUCCUCAAAGUCAGAAAGCAUUUUCAUUUAUUGAGAGAUGCAUUUUUAAACUUUAUCAUUUGUAAAUGUGGAAAUUGGUGGAUUGCUGUUUUUUGCACAAUUAGCAUGGGAGUUUGUGUUGGAGCAGGAGGAACAUGUUCGUUUUGAAAACUCAAGAGAUGAUAUUGAUGAGGGCGGUACAUGCAAUGUGUUCUCUGUUUAUUGGCUUCUAAACCAGUUUUUUCCUUUAAUAUAUGUCAAAUAUUUCUCCUUGCUUCUUUUAGCAGAAAAGUUUUUUACCUAUAAGAUAGGGCACUUUUUAACUCUCAAACUAUUGAUACUCAGUGACAUACACUUUGUCUUAUAAGCAUUUUUUCAUUUUUUAUUUUGAAAAAUUGCUAAUCUACAUCAAAAGUAAAACAGUAGUAGAGCAAACACCAUUAAACCCUCACCUGGUAUUAACAUUGUGCCCUGUUUGCUUUAAGUUAUAUGUAUUUUUGAAUUUGGCAAAAUUGGAAAUUAGAUUUUUUUAAAAUUACAAAUAUACAAAGUUAUUUAUCUCAGCAUAUUUAUUACAGUGUGACUGCAUCUGAUUUAUAUUUAAAUUGGCAGGUUUUGAGGGUUUCUUUCUUCAUCAUAAAUGUAAAAAUAGGAUUUUAGAGUCUAUUUCCCCAAGCCUCACAUUAAAACUGUAGACCUACUAUCCUCUCUGUAGCUGUGAUAUCUCAUCUUUCUAGAAUGACACUUGUUAAAAAGUGUUUGAACACUAUACCUAAUGCCUGUGGCAGAGAUUAUGUGCGAUCCAUUCAUUGGGGGUCAAAGUAUUUCACUUUUAAACUUUUUAGAAUAAUUUACAGCAAAUGAAACUUAUGAGGCUGUGACAAGAAAUUUAAAGAAUCAAAACGAUGGUUUGAAAAGGAAGCCUGUGAUACACACAGAAGCAAAACCCAAGUGAUUUGUGAGAAAUAUAGAAAUUAUCUAAAUUACUUUAUAGUAAUUAUUAAACACUAAUUUAUUUGUACUGUCAUUGAAGGUGUUUUAUAGAGAAAUCUGAGAAAUCACAUUCACAAAUUAGAAGUCAAACAAGGGCGGGCAUGGUGGCUCAUACCUGUAAUCUUAGCACUUUGGGAGGCUGAGGUGGGGGAUUGCCUGGGUUCAGGAUUUCAAGACCAGCCUGGCCAACAUGACAAAACCCCAUCUCUAUUGAAAUUACAAAAAAAAAAAAAAUUAGCCAGUCAUGUGCCUAUAAUCCCAGUUACCCAAGAAGCUGAGACAGGAGAAUUGCUUGAACCCAGGAGGUGGAAGUUGCUGUGAGUUGAGACUGUACCACUGCACUCCAGCCUGGGUGACAGCGAAACUCUGUCUCCAAAAAAACAUAAAUAAGAAGUCCUUAAAGAUAUGUGAACAAAAAUUUUGUGAUGGAAGAAUUCUAGCUAAUGAGUAUUGCAUCAAGAUUUACAUAUUUCUUACUAAUGACAAGAGUUAAUAAAAAUUGUUCCUUAUUUUACAGGCAGUUACUGAAGCUCUUCCCAGAUCUUGGUAAACAGUCACUCACCCUUGAAAAUGUGGAGCGUUGUUUCUAAACAUAUAUUUGUGUCAUUUAUUAAGUACAGGUCACUUAAAUAUAAGUAGAUUUUUUCUUCCAGUGAUUUGGGUAGGAAGAGGCCAUGUUUCGGUUUGUUUCCUCUGUAGUGUCGAUUGAAUUGGACUUUUUCAGUUGUUUAGAAAAAUAAAAAUAAUUUCUCAUUAUGUUAACUAUGGACGUUCCUCAGCUUAUGAUGUGGCUAGGUCCCGGUAAACUCAUUAUAAUUUGAAAAUAUCAUAUUGAAAAUGCAUUUAAUAUCUCUAACCUGAAAUCAUAACUUAGCCUAGCCUGCCUUACAUGUUCUCAGAACAUUUAGCCUGCAGUUGGGCAAAACCGUUUAACACAAAGCCUAUUUUAUACUAAAGUGUUGAAUAGCUCAUGUUAUUUAUUGAAUACUGUUCUGAAAGUGAGAAACAAUGGUUGUAUGGAUACUCGAAAGCAUAUCACUUGUGCACUGUGGUAAAGCUGAAAGAUUGUAAGUCAAACCUCUUAUGAUUUUUAAGUAAGUUGGAGACCAUCAGUUUAAAAUAAAUGCAAUACUAUUUCAUGAUUAA